CCAAAACUAGUUUUAGGACACAUAUUAUCUGGCCAAACCCAGGCAUCGGGUUAUCGGGUUUUCAUUAUCAGUUAGUCUACCUAGCUUAGUCAAGCUAGUGCAGCUGGUCUAGUAAGAGUAAGUAGUUAUUGUUCCAUUUGGUCUCAUUAGUCCAGAAUGCCCCAGGUUUUAUUAAUGAAUUAUUAUUUCCUACGCAGACGAUGACAUGAUGUUUGUUGAGCUACAGAACGCCCGCUCUCACACCUUUACUUCAUCAUUUUCUUCAAGUUUGUGUCGACUGAGUGACAGUGAAACUGUCUGCAGGGACGAGAGCAGCUGCUGUAGAUGGAGCCCCCCCCCCACACACACACACACACACUCUCUCUCUCUUGCCCUCUCUCUCUCUCUCUCUGUCCAUGUCCAGGCAUUUCCUCUGAGGGAAUGUUGUUGUGGUUACAGCCUGACAACGCCGUGUGUUAGAUUUAAAACUCUGGGCUGUGGAAACUUUCCCAGUCUGUGGACCAACGACAACUGACACGAAGUCUGAAGUCAACAACUGGAUGGAAGUUGAGCUUAAAGUUUUAACAUUCCCAUAUUUGGGAAUUGUCAGGUCAGUGAACUCAGCAGAGGUCAUGUCCAAACCCUCAUCUAACGUCAAAGCCCUUCAGGCUAAUUUGAAUAUUCCAAUGGGAGCGCUGCGUCCAGGGGCUGGACAUCCUGUUAGAAGGAGGGAGGAGACUGCGGACGCUGAAGAGGCUGCCGUAGACCAGUCCAGCUCUGAAGCUCAGACACCAGAGGAGAAGAAGAAAGCUCCGCCCUCCUCGGUCAAACUUCCUGUCGUUCAUCCGUCUGAGUUACAGAACGUGAAGAGUGAACUUCGAUGGGUCACCAAGGAUUAACACACAGGUCAAGCUGCAGUGUCUGAUCUGGUGAAACAGAAGCAAAUCGUCGACAUAGAUUCAAACCAAUAGACUAGAAACUAAAUCCAGAAAUGCUCAGAAACACAGACAUCUGAAGAAGACGACGAAGACGAAGACAAUGACGACGAAGAAGAUGAUAAAGACGGGGAAGAAGUCUCUCUUCAUCCACAUUGAAACAGUGACCAAAGUUCUGUUAGUUUUGUUGUUUCUGCUGCAUCUCUCUCUCUCUCUCUCUCUCUCUCUAUCACACACACACACACACACACCUACUGAACCUUCUCCACUGUGUGAAUUCUAUCUAAUGUUCUGUUUAAGGUAGAGUGCAUGUGGGUUCUUUUGUAAAAGCUCUGACAGAAAAGAUUUAAAAAUAAAAAAACGAUUGUUUGUUAAAGAUG